CUCAUCUUGCUCUACGAUGUCACCAACAAGGCCUCCUUUGACAACAUCAAGGUAAGACUCAGUCCUGUGUCAGUCCUGUCUGUGGGGCUCAUCAACUUUUAACACUGCAUAAAGGCUUUUAUUUUCUUAAUCUUUCCAUCUCCUUCCCCCCGCCUCUAUAUAUCUGGCAUUGUCUAACCAGGGUCAUCCCUCCAUUCUCUUCAUUUCCUUCAUUUCUCUUUCAUUGACAUCUAUGUCCACCUUGUCCCUCCGUUUCUCCAUUACUGUCUAACCUACUCCAUCCCUUCCUUCUCUCUCCAUUUCUGCCUCAUCUAAACGCCACUCUGUGUCUUUCUCCCUCUAUUUCUUUCCAUCUGUUUGAUUUGAGGUCACUUGUUAAGCUGUUACAGUAAGUUGUGUAGAAGAACAUUAUAAUAGCUCUGUCUUGUUUUGCAUUUUACAAUUUUGAAAUAGAGCCCAUGGUGAGGUCAGAGAUGGUUCUGAUGAUGAUGGUGAUAAUAAUGGUGAUGGUCAUGGUCGUGGUGAUGAUGAUGAUGAUGGUGGUGGGAGUGUGUAGGUGUAAAUCCCAGGUAGUUGUUUUCCAAAAUGGUGGAACAGAUCAGUCGUGACACAAAAUGGUGUCAUCUCUCUGCUGUUACAGGCUGCUCUCUAACGAGACUGUGAAUUUGAGGCCAUUUCGACUCCAUUUGGUGUACCCUCAUCUUUUCAUCCCCUCAGUCUUCUCCACAGAUGUAUUACAUUCUUUUGAUAAACAGUAAAGGACGAAAAGUCUUGGCGACAGGGUGUUUAAACAUGGGCUAUUAAAUGGCUUCAAAUGGCGUGUAGUCAUCAAAGAGAGAGGCUAUGUCGCGUAGCUGCAGACCCACCUGUUUCCACUGUUGUAACUGCAGCUGGUUCUCCUGUAAUUAAUACAGGAUAAUACAGGAGAUACAUAGGUCCUUAGGGAAGCAGAGACAGUGUGGAUACUCUCACUUACUUUCACUUAUUUUGAUCAACAGCACAGGUGAUCUUACUCUCACGUAAGGGACAGUUAGAAAAUUACUGGGGGGGAGGGGGUCCAAAAUAGGAGAGGGGGGUGUAACUUAGUUUUUUUGCUUUGGAGAGGGUUGUGUGGAUUUUUAUUGGGCACAGGGGAGGGUAGUGCAUUGUUCCCUGGUUUACAUUAGCUGUUUUGCAGGUUUUCCUAUAUAUACUGAACAAAAAUAUAAAUGCAACAUGUAAAGUGUUGGUCCCAUUUUCCAUGAGUUGAAAUAAAAGAUCCCAGAAAUGUUCCAUACGCACAAAAAGCGUAUUUCUCUCAAAUGUUAAGCACAAAUUUGUUUACAUCCCUGUUAGUGAGAAUUUCUCCUUUGCCAAGAUAAUCCAUCCACCUGAUAGGUGUGACAUAUCAAGAAGCUGAUUAAACAGCAUGAUCAUAACACAAGUGCAGCUUAUGCUGGGGACAAUAAAAGGCCAUUCUAAAAUGUGCAGUUUUGUCACACAACACAAUGCCACAGAUGUCUCAAGUUUUGAGGGAGCGUGCAAUUGGCAUGCUGACUGCAGGAAUGUCCAACAGAGCUGUUGCCAGAGAAUUGAAUGUUCACUUGGGGGGGUCUGUCUGUCUGUAAUAAAGCCCUUUUAUGGGGAAAAACUCAUUCUGAUUGGCUGGGCCUGGCUACCCAGUGGGUGGAUCUGGCUCCCAAGUGGGUGGGCCUAUGCCCUUCCAGGCCCACCAAUGGCUGCGCCCCAGGCCAGUCAUUUCAAAUCCAGAGAUUAGGGCCUACUUAAUUUAUUUCAAUUGAAUGAUUUCCUUCUAUGCACUGUAACUCAGUAAAAUAUUUGAAAUUGUUGCAUGUUGCGUUUAUAAUUUUGUUCUGUAUAAUUUAUUAUAUCCUAGUCAACUUUCCCCAUCUGCAUGCAUGUGCCUCCCCUAUCAAGGGGUUUUGAUACUUUCUUUAUACACUAGCCUACGCCACAUUACCCACAUUGCCGCCGAUGGCUCCGGGCUCAUAUUCGUCACACUUGCACCUUUGAUAUUCGCCUCUCCAAAAACCAUGAAAUAACAUGUUUUGUUGCCCAUGAUGAGGCUUUUUAUCAGCUAUUGACAAUAAGCCAGAUUCAAGUAACUUCCAUGACAGCUUUGGGGUGCUGAAACGUGAAGUGUCAGCCGCGGCACAAUCAGUCGGGAGGUGGACAGUACAUGGGGCUGAAAUUAGGCUAAUUCAAGUUAUUUAUUUCAACAGUCUUCAUUUUAAUUUGAAAGAAACUAAUAACAAGAAGGCUUUGUGUUGUAGCAUAUUUAUUCCUAUCACCUCCUUCCUAUAGGCCAAAUUUAAACUGUUGUACAAGAACACUGUCCAUAUCAGAUUUUGCAUAUCGUUUAUGAGUUAGCCCCACAUAUUUAUGAACGGCUGAGCCUGAUGUCUUUUGUAGUAAGCUAUCUCAUGAAUUGAUAUAAUGUAUCCAAGUGAGUAGACACCUAAGACAAUUGAUUCAUAAAUGAUUCACGCCUGAUGCCCUCAAUUGCCCUUCGUGCCCAUUCCCAUACCCUAUAAUUCUGUAUUUCUUUGUGACUAACUUGUAUGCAGGUAGAACAGAGAAGCCACAUCCCUGAUUGGCAGAUGAGUGGCAACCUUGAUUAGAAGCACCUGCUGCUCAUCGAUUGCUCACCUGUGUUCCCUACAAAUGCUGUUUUGAAUGAAAAAGAUUUGUACCUACACCCUGAAGAAGGCUGCAAAGCUAAUGCAGUUAAAAUAAUAAUAAAAUGAAGUAAGCUUUAUGCAACAUAUUUUUGAAUUCACAGGUUUUACGCACCAGCCAAGCUUCUGGGAGAGCUCGAUGGUCCCCUUUUGAUUAGAAAUAAGAGGUAGACCUACCUGUUUGACAGACAAAAUUAUAGGCUAUCCAUAGAUUUGUCAAUUCCUCCAAUAGUGUCAACAUUCCUCAAAUACCUCUGGGUCCGUGAAGUACAAGGGAAGGGUCAUGCUAAAAAAAAAAAUAGUUGGGGAGGGGGGUGCAUUUUUAAAAACUACAUUUCGAGUUGGACCCCCUCUUCCCCCAGUAAUUUUCAAACAGUCCCUAAACAGUUGCCGUUGAUAAUGACAGUAAUAAUGGAUGGGUAUUUAUAAAGCACAUUGCACCAGAUCUUGUAAGGGGGGAACGCAUUGCAUCCACCUCAAAUGUGUAGCACUCAUUUAAGAGUUCAGUAUUACUAUGAAAUUCAAAUUGUUCAUCUAUCAUAUAUCUCUAUAUUUUUCUAUACAAAUCAAUGCGAUAUACAUGAGUUAUAUAUUUAAAAAAAUAUUUCACUGUAAACUCCCUCCUCCUUCUCAUUCAUAUACCAUAUCUCAGUAUCAUAUUUCUGUUUAUUACCUAUCCGUUCGUGCUGCAGAACACAGAAUGAUGAAAUAAACUAUUCCCAUUUGAGUUUGGUGGAUCCCUGCCUGCUUAUCCUUUCUAUGCAUAAUGUACGCAUGACAGCCCAUCUACAGUGUAUUCGGAAUGUAUUCAGACCCCUUCCCCUUUUCCACAUUUUGUUAUGUUACAGCCUUAUUCUAAAAUUGAUUAAAUUAAUUAUUUUCCUCAUCAAUCUACACACAAUACCCCAUAAAGACAAAGCGAAAACAGGUUUUUAGACAUUUUUGCAAAUUUAUAAAAAAUGUAAAGCAAAUAUACUUUAUUUACAUAAAUAUUCAGACCCUUUGCUAUGAGACUCAAAAUUGAGCUCAGGUGCAUCCUGUUUCCAUUGAUCAUCCUUGAGAUGUUCCUACAAUUUCCACCUGUGGUAAAUUCAAUUGAUUGGAUAUGAUUUGGAAAGACAAACCUGUCUAUAUAAGGUCCCACAGUUGACAGUGCAUGUCAGAGCAAAAACCAAGCCAUGAGGUCAAAGGAAUUGUCCGUAGAGCUCCGAGACAGGAUUGUGUCGUGAGAGGAUCUGAAGACAAUGGGAGAAACUCCCCAAAUACAGGUGUGCCAAGCUUGUAGUGUCAUACCAAAUAAGAAUUGAGGUCUGUAAUCGCUGGCAAAGGUGCUUCAACAAAGUACUGUGAUUUGUUUUUUCCGUUUUUUUUUAAAUAUAUAGAUUCGCUAACAUUUCUAAAAACCAGUUUUUGCUUUGUCAUUAUGGGGUAUUGUGUGUAGAUUGAUGAGGGAAAAAAACAAGUAUGGAAAAAGUCAAGGGGUCUGAAUACUUUCCGAAUGCUCUGUCCAUCCACAACAUGGAGAUUCACCCACAUACUGGAGCAUAGUGCAUGACAGCUUUAUCAUUAUAAGCAGGUGCUGUUUAGCGCUUCAGGGGCAGGUGCAUUGAGAGAGACAGGGGGUGGGAGGUUUUUACGUACAUCCAAACUUUUCACAGGAGCUGGGAACAUCCACUCACCAUUAUACUGCUCCCUAGUAUACUGUUUUAUAAAUUGUUUUGCAUGCAAGCCAUGGACAUUCUCACCAUAAAGCCAAGGACGGUGAACCAUUCUAAUAAGUUUGGUUUUUAAUCAAAUUAAAUGGAAAACAAGCAAUUGUUACAGGAAAAUCAUUUAAAUGUUUCUAAUUUAAAUGUUUCUAAAUACGAGGGGAAUCUUAUCUCUCGUUGGGCACAUGGACACAUGGAUGGGGGUUUUAUGCACGUCCAAAAUAAUAACGGGAGCUGGCUAAAAUAAUGAUAAAAAGGGGAUGUUCACUGUUGCUGCUCCCAAACCUGAUCUUUUAAUAAAGCUUUGGUGAUUAAUAUUUAUUUCAAAGCAGUCUCACAAGCCAAACCCUUUAUUGAUAUGCUGCUAUUUGGCGAAUGCAUUGGGCAGGACAAAAUAAUAUAGCCUUCAUUGAAGGGAGGGUUUGUUUUUAAUCAAAUGAUGCAAAAAACAAGCAAUUUGUUUAAAGAAAACAACAACAAUAUUUCUAAUUAUGAUGGGGUCAGAAGUAUGACACUGUAUCACAAAUAACGUCUCUCGUGCACACAUAGGCCUGAAUGUCUUUACGCGUAACAUUUGCACGUGUCUACAAAAUACUACGCUCUUGUCAAUUGUAUCGUUGCUUACGUGCGAGGCAGAUUUAAAAAAGAAUCUGCUGUUGAUAUGGAAUUAUAGGAGGACUGAAAACUUUGGAGGAGCGAGUGCAUCUUUAGUAAUCGGACGAGGGGCGCUCUUUGAAAAUGGGGAUGGAGAGCCUACAAGUGAAAAUGAAGUAUGUGAAUUGUGAAUCAUGACAAAGCCUACAGUGGGGAAAGAAAGUAUUUAGUCAGCCACCAAUUGUGCAAGUUCUCCCACUUAAAAUGAUGAGAGAGGCCUGUAAUUUUCAUCACAGGUACAGGUCAACUAUGACAGACAAAAUUAGGAAAAAAAAUCCAGAAAAUCACGUUGUAGGAUUUUUUAUGAAUUUAUUUGCAUAUUAUGGUGGAAAAUAAGUAUUUGGUCAAUUACAAAAGUUUCUCAAUACUUUGAUAUAUACCCUUUGUUGGCAAUGACACAGGUCAAACAUUUUCUGUAAGUCUUCACAAGGUUUUCACACACUGUUGCUGGUAUUUUGGCCCAUUCCUCUGGUUUGGGGCUGUCGCUGGGCAACACGGACUUUCAACUCCCUCCAAAGAUUUUCUAUGGGGUUGAGAUCUGGAGACUGGCUAGGCCACUCCAGGACCUUGAAAUGCUUCUUACGAAGCCACUCCUUCGUUGCCUGGGCGGUGUGUUUGGGAUCAUAUUGUCAUGCUGAAAGACCCAGCCACGUUUCAUCUUCAAUGCCCUUGCUGAUGGAAGGAGGUUUUCACUCAAAAUCUCACGAUACAUGGCCCCAUUCAUUCUUUCCUUUACACGGAUCAGUCGUCCUGGUCCCUUUGCAGAAUAACAGCCCCAAAGCAUGAUGUUUCCACCCCCAUGCUUCACAGUAGGUAUGGUGUUCUUUGGAUGCAACUCAGCAUUCUUUGUCGAUGAGUUGAGUUUUUACCAAAAAGUUAUAUUUUGGUUUCAUCUGACCAUAUGACAUUCUCCCAAUCCUCUUCUGGAUCAUCCAAAUGCACUCUAGCAAACUUCAGACGGGCCUGGACAUGUACUGGCUUAAGCAGGGGGACACGUCUGGCACUGCAGGAUUUGAGUCCCUGGCGGCGUAGUGUGUUACUGAUGGUAGGCUUUGUUACUUUGGUCCCAGCUCUCUGCAGGUCAUUCACUAGGUCCCCCCGUGUGGUUCUGGGAUUUUUGCUCACCGUUCUUGUGAUCAUUUUGACCCCACGGGGUGAGAUCUUGCGUGGAGCCCCAGAUCGAGGGAGAUUAUCAGUGGUCUUGUAUGUCUUCCAUUUCCUAAUAAUUGCUCCCACAGUUUAUUUCUUCAAACCAAGCUGCUUACCUAUUGCAGAUUCAGUCUUCCCAGCCUGGUGCAGGUCUACAAUUUUGUUUCUGGUGUCCUUUGACAGCUCUUUGGUCUUGGCCAUAGUGGAGUUUGGAGUGUGACUGUUUGAGGUUGUGGACAGGUGUCUUUUAUACUGAUAACAAGUUCAAACAGGUGCCAUUAAUACAGGUAAUGAGUGGAGGACAGAGGAGCCUCUUAAAGAAGAAGUUACAGGUCUGUGAGAGCCAGAAAUCUUGCUUGUUUGUAGGUGACCAAAUACUUAUUUUCCACCAUAAUUUGCAAAUAAAUUCAUAAAAAAUCAUACAAUGUGAUUUUCUGGAUUUUUUUUUCUCAAUUUGUCUGUCAUAGUUGACGUGUACCUAUGAUGAAAAUUACAGGCCUCUCUCAUCUUUUUAAGUGGGAGAACUUGAACAAUUGGUGGCUGACUAAAUACUUUUUUCCCCCACUGUAUAUGCAAAAAACUCAAAUAUUUCAAGGCACUCUCAGAAGACCAUUUAAAACCACUUUAUUCAUAGUGCUACUUGGCUAACGCAUGGCCGGGAUAAAAAUAUGCACCUAUGCGAAGCUUCUAAACCAGCCUUGAUUAAGGGGAGGGUAAACUAUGCUUGGUUUUGAAUAAUAAUAAAAAAAAUAGGGGAAACCAAUCUUAUUUGAAAUGUUUCUAAAUAUGAGAUCCACCGGCACAAAAGGCACAUGUCUCAUUCCAUUGGCACUGUGUAUCAUGUCUGGGUAGGCUGGGCAUAUGCUCUCAAAAUCCAUGCCGUUAUCAACUGCAUUACCAUUAAGACCUGCUUUUUGUGGGUCUUAAAACUUCUCAUUAACGCUGCAUGAAAUUGUCACUUUUCUGCUUGUUUUUAAGAACACACCUCAGAUAUUGCCAUUCCUCCCACCUCAUUUUACAAGCUAGCUGAUGUUAGACAGGUAAAUUACCGAACCUGGAGUAAGGGCUGGAAAAUGCCAGUGUGCCAGUUUUUACAUGAUGAAAUUGCAAACUAAUGUGCGUUUGACACUUGCGCCUCCUUAGCGCCAGCUGAAAUUUAGCUUAGACACUUAAUGCAGCUGGGUCAUGGUACAUUUACAAAGUCCCAGGUUUGGAUGUUUCCCUUUGGGUCAGUCAACAGAAAAGCUUUCACCAUCCUACACAAGCAUUCAUAUACAGGUAACUGCAAAAAUAACUGAAACAUGAGUAAAUGUAAAUGAGGGAUACAAAAUAUAUUGAAAGCAGGUGCUUCCACACAGGUGUGGGUUCUGAGUUAAUUAAGACAUUAACAUCCCAUCAUGCUUAGGGACAUGUAUAAAAAUGCUCAGCAGGCCAUUAUUUUGGACAUUAUUUUGGCUACAAUGGCCAUGCCCCAUAGGAUGACAAUACCCCCAUUCACAGGGCACAAGUGGUCACUGAAUGGUUUGAUGGGCAUGAAAAAUAUGUAAUCUAUAUGCCAUCUCAAUCACCAGACCUCAACCCAAAUGAACACAUGGAAGAUUCUGGAGUAGCGCCUGAGACAGCGUUUUCCACCACCAUUAACUAAACACCAAAUUAAAUAAUUUAUUGUGGAAGAAUGGUGUUGCAUCUCCCCAAUAGAGUUCCAGAGACUUUUAGAAUCUAUGCCAAGGUGCAUUGAAGCUAUUCAAAUCAAAAUCAAAUUGUAUUUCUGUGUGCGUAUGUAGUGAAUGUGUGUGAGUUUUGUGUGAGAGUGUCAGUGUAGUGUGUGUGUAAGUGUUUAUAUAGUGUGUACAGUGCAUUCGGAAUGAAUUCAGACCCCUUGACUGAUGUUACAGCCUUAUUCUAAAAUGUAUUACAUUGUUUUCCUCAUCAAUCUACACCCAAUACCCCAUAAUGACAUAGCAAAAACUGUUUUUUAGAAAUUUUAGCAAAUGUAUAUAUAAAAAAGAAAAACUGAAAUAUGACAUUUACAUAAGUUUUCAGACCCUUUACUCAGUACUUUGUUGAAGCACCUUUGGCAGCGAUUACAGCCUCAAGUCUAUUAUGCUACAAGCUUGGCACACCUGUAUUUGGGGAGUUUCUCCUAUUCUUCUCUGCAGAUCCUCUCAAGCUCUGUCAGGUUGGAUGGGGAGCGUUGCUGCACAGCUAUUUUCAGGUCUCUCCAGAGAUGUUCGAUCAGGUACAAGUCCAGGCUCUGGCUGGGCCACUCAAGGACAUUCAGAGAGUUGUCCCGAAGCCACUCCUGCGUUGUCUUGGCUGUGUGCUUAGGGUUGUUGUCCUGUUGGAAGGUGAACCUUCUCGCCAGUCUGAGGUCCUGGAGCAUCAAGGAUCACUCUGUACUUUGCUCCGUUCAUCUUUCCCUCUAUCCUGACUAGUCUCCCAGUCCCUGUCGCUGAAAAACAUCCCCACAGCCAGAUUUCCUCCAGACGUGAUGCCAGGCAUUCAAGCUAAAGAGUUCAAUCUUGGUUUCAUCAGACCAGAGAAUCGUGUUUCUCAUGGUCUGAGAGUCCUUUAGGUGACUUUUGGCAAACUCCAAGCGGACUGUCAUGUGCCUUUUACUGAGGAGUGGCCUCUGUCUGGCCGCUCUACCAUAAAGCGCUGAUUGGUGGAGUGCUGCAGAGAUGCUUGUCCUUCUGGAAGGUUCUCCCAUCUCCACAGAGGAGUUUGAAUUUACCACAGGUGGACUCCAAUGAAGUUGUAGAAACAGCUCAAGGAUGAUCAAUGGAAGCAGGAUGCACCUGAGCUCAAUUUCGAUUCUCAUAGCAAAGGGUCUGAAUACUUAUGUAAAUAAGGUAUUUCUGUUUUUUCUAAAAUAUCUAAAAACCCUAUUUUGCUUCAUGCAUUAUGGGGUAUUGUGUGUAGAUUGAGGAGGGAAAUGUUUUAUUUAUUCAAUUUUAGAAUACUGCUGUAACAGAACAAAAUGUGGAAAAAGGGAAAGGGUCUGUAUAUACAGUAUAGAGUCAGUGCAAGAUAGAUUCAGUGCAGAUAACACGGGUAACCAUUAAUUAACUAUUUAGCAGUCUUAUGGCUAUUUAACAGUCUUAUGACUUGGGGGUGCAAGCUGUCUCGGAGCCUGUUGGUCCGAGGGGUGAUGCUCCGGUACCAUUUGCCGGACAGUAGCAGAGCGAACAGUCUAUGGUUUGGAGAGGUGGACUAUUUGGCAAUUUUUCAGGCCUUCCUCUGACACCGCCUGAUAUAGAGGUCGUUGAUGGCAGGGAGUUUGGCCACAGUGAUAUACUGGGCUGUCCGUACCACCCUCUGUAGCGGUUUGUGGUCGAGAGUGGUGCAUUUGCCGCACCAAGUGAUGAUGCAGCCAGUCAAGAUGCUUUCGAUGGUGCAGCUGUAGAACUUUUUGAGUAUCCGAGGGCCCAUGCCAAAUCUUUUCAGCCUCCUGAGGGGGAAGAGGCGCUGUCGUGCCCUCUUCACAUCUGUGCUGGUGUGUGUGGACCAUGUUAAGUCCUUAGUGAUGUGGACACCAAGGAACUUUAAGCUCUCGACCCGCUCCACUACAGCCCUGUCGAUGUGGAUGGGGGCAAGCUCUCCCUUCUUUGUCCUGUAGUCCACCAUCAGCUCUUUGGUCUUACUGACGUUGAGGGAGAGGUUGUUGUCAUGGCAUCACACUGACAAGUCUCUGACCUCUUCCCUGUAGGCUGUCUCAUCGUCGUCAGUGAUCAGGCCUACCACCGUUGUGUCGUCAGCAAACUUGACGAUGGUGUUGGUGUCGUGCGUGGCAACGCAGUCGCAGGUGAACAGGGAGUACAGGAGGGGACUAAGCACACACCCUUGAGGGGACCCGUGUUGAGGAUCCGCAUGGCGGAGGUGUUGUUGCCUACCCUCACCAACUGGGGCCGUCCUGUCAGGAAUUCCAGGAUCCAGUUAGAGAGGAAGGUGUUCAAUCCCAGGGUCCCCAGCUUGGUGAUGAGCUUGGAGGGGACUAUGAUGUUGAACGCUGAGCUGUAGUCUCUGAACAGCAUUCUCACAUAGUUAUUUCCCAUCUUGUCCAGGUGGGAAAGGGCAGUGUGAAGUGCAAUUGCGAUUGUGUCAUCUGUGGAUAUGUUGGGGUGGUAUGCAAAUAUGGUGGGUCCAGGGUUUCUGGCCCAAUGGCCUAUUAAGACACUUUAUGUUGGUGUUUCCUUAUUUUUAUACCUGAACAUUCUGCAAUAGUAUGUGCUUUGUAUGUAAUACACAGGUUUUCUUUGUGUUUGACCCUAUUCACAACACUAUAUCCUUGCGGUGAUGUUCAAGCUCAGGUGUUUUGUUCGACAGCAUGCAUUCCGUUUUUAAUUUUCAAGCACUCCACUCUGCAAGGCCAUCCCUCCAUUCCUCCAUCCCUCUCUCAUUCUCUCUAUCUCUGUUUUCCGUAGAGAUGUGGAGGGCCUUGAGUGCUCUGUUAGUUUGAAUGGAGAGGUUUGAAGAGAAACCUUGGAGAGAUUGUCGGGAGAUUUUAGACUAGCUUGAUUUGGUUCCCACACAUGCAAUUUCAUGAUAGGUUUAAUAGAGCUACAUGUAGGUUCAAUAGAGAUACAAAUAGUAUUUUACACUCAAAAUGAAGAGGGGAAAGGAGAGAGACAGGGGUAUAAGGAAGAGGAAUAGAGAAGAAAGACCUAGACUAAAUACAUUUACAUCAUUUAGCAGACGCUCUUAUCCAGAGCGACUUACAAAUUGGGAUGACAGAGAGAAACAAACAGACUACUGAAGACAGAUUUAGAUUUAGGUGUAAAUCAUUUCUGAGUUCAUAGUUAUUAUUCAGAUGUUAAUGUGAUACCUGUGCCCUGUGGUGUGUCUAGUCUGAGACUGACACAGAGACUGAGGGCAAUAGUGUGGGAAGCCUAGCCCAACAGACUGAUUUGAGAACAAUUCCCAGCUGAGCGUGUUAUUUCCUGCUGGGUAAUUUGUUGCCUCUGCUCCCUCUCUUGCAGGCUGAUAGGUGAUUGUAACAGUGCACACACACAAACACACACACACACACACAAAUUAAACACCCACACACACACACACACCAGCUUGCUCCUAUUCCAAUCAAGGUUUCAGUAUUUUUUUCUGUCUAGUAACAUUAGUAGGCAGAAAUGGUCCAACAGAGCAGCAGAAUGAAAAGGUUGUUGUUCAAAUUUGAUCAUAACUGACUGCAAAGGUGGGAGUCAUCCUGACAAAGGUACAAAUGUCGUUCAUCUCAUAAAAUACCAUAUGGGAGCAUUAUUUAUUUUCAUCUAAUAUUUUUCAAUCUCCGGUUUGGCUGCCCUCUCCCUCUGUAAAGAUAUCACAGAUACAGUAUACCAGUCUGAUAUCAACCGUCUCCCCUGUUGGACUUUUUUGUAGUUCAGAGCUGAGAUUCAAUCUUCUCCACUGGAUCUCACCAUCUAUCUCUCUCUCUCUCCCUAUUAUUCUCUCUCAAUCAUUAUUUGCUUCUCUCUCCCUUCCACUCUCUUAACCCUAUCUUUGUUAAACCCCUCUUCUGCCCAUCACUUUUCUACAACAUGUAUCAAGGUAGUGUGGAACCCCGUAUAAUCGGCAUAUUCAACAGCGUUUAAGAAAUAUAUUACCUUCAAGAGUGUUAUCUUGUGAUGAAGCCAUCAAUGUUAUAUGAUUAUUGGUGUCGUAAAAAUUUUAGCUAAUGGGUUAGAAAUUAGCAUGUUUGACAUUUCAGUGGAAAUACUAUUAUCAGCUUUUUGAUAAGCGGUUUAGCAAAUGAAUACGUCCCGUAUUAUCGGCAUACGGUCCCCAGUUAUUGGCCACCUUACUAUUUUGUUCAAAUACAAGAUAUAUCUGUUUAAUUUUGUUCAAAAAAGAGACACCAACCAUGUACCCGAAGUGUUUACUAGAUAGUUGGCUAGCCUUCCGGUAAAAGAUAAUGACUUGUCUGUCAACUUUUCAUUGCGUAGCCCGGUGCCCCUCCUGUGGACUCUUAAAAAAUGGUUCUUCACCAACAUAUUCAGUGUUGUAACCAAAUAAUGUCUCAUAAUUUGUUUUACAGAUUAAUCUUAUGUUUUGAGAAAAUAGAUAACAGUUGAAUACUAAAAUAUGAGUAUUAAUAAUUUACAUCAAAUAAAACUUUAAUUUCAGUUAUGUGCAUUGACAUAAACAAUGAAAACACUGUUGGAGUUUGUGUUGCAGAGAUGCACUUGGAAAGUAAAGGAAGAAAUACACAAGAUGGGUUGAAGAAAUAUAUAUAUUAUAUUUUAGACAUUUAUUUUUUUGUGCAAAUAAAUAAUUUAAUAUGAACACAAACAGAAUAAACAAUUAAAUCUCGACCUCCAUCCCUAUAGUGUCACAAAAAUCACAAUAAAAAUCCAGCUCCACCGCUACUCUGGAUCCCACUGCACACACCUGCAGUGGAACCAGUGGUCACAGAACACCCCAUGGCACCUCAGAUCUACACUCCUGAGGGGAGCUUGCAAGCGGACCAUGCUCCCCGCAGGGAGCACAGCAGGUGGUGUCUUCUUAAAAAAAAAUAAUAAUAAUAAUAAUAAAAUUUUAUUAAUAUGGUUUUGCAAAAUGUAGAAGUUCUUCAACAACAAUAGUAAUUGAUACAGCUGAGAGAGAGAGAAAAACAGAUUAUGAAGUACCUGAAAGCGGUGCCAUGGGUGGCGUGACAGACAUGACCGGUGGAACUUUUCUCUUCCUUUUCUGUGCUGCAGUUUGAGAAAAAUUAGUUUUAGACAGAGCAUGUUGCAUGAAAACCCUUUUCAACUUUUUUACAUCAAUACCUCUGGAGGAAGCUGCAGAGGUUUUGGAGCAGGUGGAGAUGACUUGAGGGCCGGUGCUAUGGACUGUAGAUAUGUAAAGAGAGAUUUUUUUUUUUUUUACAUUGCUGUUUUAUAAAACAGAUAACAAACAGUCAUUUUUUCGUAAUUUAACAUGUGUUUACCUGUGGAGGUGGCGGUAUUCAAAUUGCAGGGGGCAGGGACACCAGACAAGGCUGCUAUGGUGGUGUGACCAGGGAAGACGGAGGAGGCAGUUGGUGACAGACAGGGGGGUGGGGUGGUGUGCAUUGUGGUGGUGGUGGACAAAACCGCAGACGAUGGCUUGGAGGAGCUGAUGUUUAUAAUGGUGGGGUUUAGGGGCCGACAAUGGUGUGGCCGGGAGAGUAGGCACGUGGCCUUCUUCUGCAGCUGGGGACUCCGGCGGCUCCUACAUGUGUUGCACACUGGGAGGCACUGGCAGUGGUGAUGCAGCUGUCAAGAGUGGUUCCAGCAGGGGGUCCAGCAGAGGCGAUGGCGUCAAUGGUCUCAUCCAUGGCAGCCCUCUCCUGUACCCUCUGUGUUAUGAGGGCUGCCUGACGCUCUUUCUCCUCUGCCUCGGCCCUCUCCUUCUCACGCCUCUCCUGCCACUGGCGCGUGUAUUCCUCCCCGGUGAGGCAUGUGGCAACCACAGGGAGUCUUCUGUAUCGGUCCAGCCGAUACUUCAGGAGAGUAAGGAUGUGCCCCAGGUCCUUUGCUAUCAGCCCCCCCUCUUUUAGGGGGUGCUCUUCUAGAGCUAGGCUGGGACUUGAGCAGGGGCUGGUACUGGAGCAGGGGCUGAGGGUCCUCCUGUGGUCAAUGGGGAGGAGGUGCUGAUGGACGGCACAGUGCUGCUGGUUCCAGGAGAGGCGGUGAUGGGACCCGGUAGGGACCGAGACGGCAUUAAACGGGACCCUUCAAUGGCUGAAGGGUCAAAAGGGAAGAGGCCACACUUCUUAAACCCUUCUACCACAUAGCGCAUGUCCUUGCAUCGCUGGUACGGGUAGCGGAAUACUCUGGCAAAUUCUGAUUUGUUUACCAUGUAGGAGUGAUACAAAAUGGCUAAGGUCUCCAGCUACCUUGGAGAACUCAGCCUUUAAAGGGCCAAAGUAUGCCACGUCCAGCGGCUGCAGGACAUGGGUGCAGUGUGGUGGAAGACAAAGAAGUAUAACCCCUUCCCUUAGUGCCGCCGCGAGCACCUCCGGGUCCAUGUGGCUCUUGUGCCCAUCGAAGAGGAGAAGGAGAGGGCGCUCUUUCACUGCAUGCUUAAUGAAGUGCUGAAACCACUUCCUGAACAGGUCCCCGUCAAUGUAGCCACUGCAUGACAACGCAAAAACUGGUUUUUAGAACAUUUUUGCUAUGAGACUCGAAAUUGAGCUCUGGUGCAUCCUAUUUCCAUUGAUCAUCCUUGAGAUGUUUCUACAACUCCACCUGUGGUAAAUUCAAUUGAUUGGACAUUAUUUGGAAAGGCACACACCUGUCUGUAUAAGGUCCCACAGUUGACAGUGCAUAUCAGAGCAAAAACCAAGCCAUGAGGUUGAAGGAAUUGUCCAUAGAGCUUCGAGACAGGAUUGUGUCGAAGCACAGAUCUGGGGAAGGGUACCAAAAUAUUACUGCAGCAUUGAAGGUCCCCAAGAACACAGGGGCCUCCAUCAUUCUUAAAUGGAAGAGGUUUGGAACCACCAAACCAAGACUCUUCCUAGAGCUGACCACCCGGCCAAACUGAGCAAUUGGGGGAGAAGGGCCUUGGUCAGGGAGGUGACCAAGAACCCGAUGGUAACUCUGACAGAGCUCCAGAGGAUAACGUUCCAGAAGGACAACAUCCUCUGCAGCACUCCACCAAUCAGGCCUUUAUGGUAGAGUGGCCAGACGGAAGCCACUCCUCAAUAAAAGGCACACGACAGCCCGCUUGGAGUUUGCCAAAAGGCAUCUAAAAGACUCUGAUCAUGAGAAACAAGAUUCUCUGGUCUGGUGAAACCAAGAUUGAACUCUUUGACCUGAAUGCUAAGUGUCACGUCUGGAGGAAAUCUGGCACCAUCCCUAAGGUGAAGCAUGCUGGUGGCAGCAUUACAUUUUUACAUUUUAGUCAUUUAGCAGACGCUCUUAUCCAGAGCGACUUUACAGUUAGUGAGUGCAUACAUUUUUUAUUUAUUCUUUUCAUACUGGCCCCCCGUGGAAAUUGAACCCACAACCCAGGCAUUGCAAGUGCCAUGCUCUAGCAACUGAGUUACACGGGGCCUCAUGCUGUGGGGAUGUUUUUCAGCGGCAGGGACUGGGAGACUAGUCAGGAUCGAGGGAAAGAUGAACGGAGUAAAGUACAGAGAGAUCCUUGACAAAAACCUGCUCCAGAGCACUCAGGACCUCAGACUGGGGCGAAGGUUCACCUUCCAACAGGACGACCCUAAGCAUACAGCCAAGACAACGCAGGAGUGGCUUCGGGACAAGUAUCUGAAUGUCCUUGAGUGGCCCAGCCAAAGUCCGGACUUGAACCCGAUCAAACAUCUCUGGAGAGAUCUGAAAAUAGCUGUGCAAAGAUGCGCCCCAUCCAACCUGAUAGAGCUUGAGAGGAUCUGCAGAGAAGAAUGGGAGCGUCAUACCCAAGAAGACUUGAGGCUGUAAUCGCUGCCAAAGGUGCUUCAACCAAGUAGUGAGUAAAAUAAUACUUAUGUAAAUGUUCAAUGUAAUUGUUUAAUUUUUAAUAAAUGUGCAAACAUUUCUAAAAACCUGUUUUUGUUUUGAUAGAUAGAUAGGGUUUAGUGUGGUGGACUAUGUGUGAUGAUAGGUAGUGCUUAGUGUGGUAUACACAUGUUGCAAGGCUCUGUAAGGAUAUCUGUUACUUUACAUAAGAAAAUUGAAAAAGACACCAGCAACUCAAGAUGCCCAAAGUACCCUAAGUAAUAGGAAAUGUUUUAGGUGAUAAGCUAGACAGUCUCAGAAUACUUGUUGCUGAAUCUCAAACCGAACACUUGGCCCCUAAGCCCUUUAUCGAGUUGACACUUGCUGAUGUGUUCGAUAGUGAUCACUCAAGUCUGCAAGUGUUUUGGCCAAAAUGAGCAUUGAGACGAUGCACACUCGACAUCCCAACUGCCACUUAUCAAGUCCAUUUGCGAGCAUUGUCUCCCGCGACAUGUCUUGUAGCAUGACUCGCUAUGAAACAUGACAGUGAGAAAGCAAAACAACAUGUCCCUACUCCUGCUCACAAUACAGUGGGGGAAAAAAGUAUUUCGUCAGCCACCAAUUGUGCAAGUUCUCCCACUUAAAAAGACGAGAGAGGCCUGUAAUUUUCAUCAUAGGUACACGUCAACUAUGACAGACAAAAAGAGAUUUUUUUUUCCAGAAAAUCACAUUGUAGGAUUUUUUAUGAAUUUAUUUGCAAAUUAUGGUGGAAAAUAAGUAUUUGGUCAAUAACAAAAGUUUCUCAAUACUUUGUUAUAUACCCUUUGUUGGCAAUGACACAGGUCAAAUGUUUUCUGUAAGUCUUCACAAGGUUUUCACACACUGUUGCUGGUAUUUUGGCGCAUUCCUCCAUGCAGAUCUCCUCUAGAGCAGUGAUGUUUUGGGGCUGUCGCUGGGCAACACGGACUUUCAACUCCCUCCAAAGAUUUUCUAUGGGGUUGAGAUCUGGAGACUGGCUAGGCCACUCCAGGACCUUGAAAUGCUUCUUACGAAGCCACUCCUUCGUUGCCCGGGCGGUGUGUUUGGGAUCAUUGUCAUGCUGAAAGACCCAGCCACGUUUCAUCUUCAAUGCCCUUGCUGAUGGAAGGAGGUUUUCACUCAAAAUCUCACGAUACAUGGCCCCAUUCAUUCUUUCCUUUACACGGAUCAGUCGUCCUGGUCCCUUUGCAGAAAAACAGCCCCAAAGCAUGAUGUUUCCACCCCCAUGCUUCACAGUAGGUAUGGUGUUCUUUGGAUGCAACUCAGCAUUCUUUGUCCUCCAAACACGACGAGUUUAGUUUUUACCAAAAAGUUAUAUUUUGGUUUCAUCUGACCAUAUGACAUUCUCCCAAUCCUCUUCUGGAUCAUCCAAAUGCACUCUAGCAAACUUCAGACGGGCCUGGACAUGUACGGGCUUGAGCAGGGGGACACAUCUGGCACUGCAGGAUUUGAGUCCCUGGCGGCGGAGUGUGUUACUGAUGGUAGGCUUUGUUACUUUGGUCCCAGCUCUCUGCAGGUCAUUCACUAGGUCCCCCCGUGUGGUUCUGGGAUUUUUGCUCACCGUUCUUGUGAUCAUUUUGACCCCACGGGGUGAGAUCUUGCGUGGAGCCCCAGAUCGAGGGAGAUUAUCAGUGGUCUUGUAUGUCUUCCAUUUCCUAAUAAUUGCUCCCACAGUUGAUUUCUUUAAACCAAGCUGCUUACCUAUUGCAGAUUCAGUCUUCCCAGCAUGGUGCAGGUCUACAAUUUUGUUUCUGGUGUCCUUUGACAGCUCUUUGGUCUUGGCCAUAGUGGAGUUUGGAGUGUGACUGUUUGAGGUUGUGGACAGGUGUCUUUUAUACUGAUAACAAGUUCAAACAGGUGCCAUUAAUACAGGUAACGAGUGGAGGACAGAGGAGCCUCUUAAAGAAGAAGUUACAGGUCUGUGAAAGCCAGAAAUCUUGCUUGUUUGUAGGUGACCAAAUACUUAUUUUCCACCAUAAUUUGCAAAUAAAUUCAUAAAAAAUCCUACAAUGUGAUUUUCUGGAUUUUUUUCUCUCAAUUUGUCUGUCAUAGUUGACGUGUACCUAUGAUGAAAAUUACAGGCCUCUCUCAUCUUUUUAAGUGGGAGAACUUGCACAAUUGGUGGCUGACUAAAUCCUUUUUUUCCCCCACUGUAUGUGCAAAUAUAUUGAUCAGCAGUGAUUUUAUCAGCUGAUUUAGCUUGUUGUAGACUGCCUUCUGCUAGCUAGUGUUAGAAAUAGCGUAAUUCAAAUCUGGUAUUGGAAUAAGAGAAAACAUAAUCAAGAGAUAUUCAAUCCAAGCUAAAUUUAUUAUAUGCAAAAUGUAUGUAUGAUAAGUAUGAUGGUUCUUAUACGGGCUCACUGAAAUACCACGCAGGGCAGACAGAGAACUGAUCCAUUGUUACAGGCUGUUCUUUAAAUACCCUGACAGUGAUAGUUCCCGCUCCUUGCUGGGCCUAUCAGGGUAGAGACUGAGCGUGGUUUAGACUUACUCAGCCUAUCCGUUGGCGCACAGGCUGGUCCCAGACCCUUGGCGCUUCACUGUUGCCAGGUGUCUAGUUGUUUUGCAACUUAUCCAGAAAGUCAGCACUUUUUGCAGUACACAUGUCCUUGAGUAUGAUGGUUUAACAAAGAGUGUCUGUGAGAAAUACAAGUCUGUCUCACCUUACUCCCUAACAGCUCCUUACAUGAAUCACAGCUUGUUAUGUGAAACAAUUUAUAUCAGUACAGUACAAACCUUUUAUGUUUAAUCAUUAAUGCAUUCUUUCUAAGCUAGUCAUCACAUCUAGAUCCCCACACUAGCUUCCCUGACAAACACAGGGAUGGAAUUUAAGAUAAGGAUUUGGGGGCACUGCACUGAUAAACAGAGUUUUGCUUGUCACUUAUUUAUGAUAGUUUGACAGCUGCUGAUGCAGCUGUUCUCCAGCAGUCAGUCCGUAGGGUAAUUCAGCAUGUUUCCAAAGCACCAAUCGCUACAUUGUAACAUUGUGGAACAGCUGAGCACACAGCACAGCAGCAGCGGACUCAAUACUGCACUGACUCAGGGCAGAACAGGCAGUUGCUACUUCAUUAAAACUUGUUCAAUGUGAUAAAUUAAUGUUACUACAGUAGCUAGCUAGCUAACGUUAGCUAGCUAGCUUAUUGAAGGAACAUUGCAUUUAGUGUUCCACUAACUGGUUAGCUUCUCUUUUGUUUCAUAUGAAGUGGCUGGCUCAAACGUAAAUCAUAGUCCUGAGACGUGAUAGCCCGGUGUCUCAUUGUGAUAUAUCCGCUAGCCUCUGCAUAACAACAAAAAACAAAAGAGCACAACCAUCCGCGGGGGUCGCACAGCCCGAACGCGCACCUAUCCUGAAUUCCCAAGCUCUGGUACGUGUCCUCUAUUUAUUUGAAUAUGUUGACAGUUGGAGAAAAUGCUUGAGCUAUGCUGAGAAUUCGAAAAGUAUGAAAGCCAAUGGUCCAAUAUUCUAGAACACUGCUGUGCGUACACAUACACAUUUUGGACUAUGAUAGACGCUUUAGAGCUAGCUAGCAAGCUAAUGUAAUGGACAUGUUUUUGUGUACAUUAUCAAACGUCAGAAAUACCGCUUCUUCAAGCACUAAACUCCUUAGCUAGAGGUAAAAUUGUGUGACUAAGGCCUCCUCGGCAAAAAUUCCACAUGAAUUACAGAUUUCUUGAUUUAUGUUGACUUAUUCAGACAAUUUUUUGAGAGCGAAGUGUUGUUGUUGCUAGGUAACAUGCUGAGAUUCAUGGGAAGAAGCUGCCAAAGGCACCGAGUCGGCACAGGAUGCCCACUCGAUAAAGAGGGCUUCCGAAGGGCGCAGUGGAGCGCUCGAUGACUUGAGAACUAGUGUUUGAGAUUGACUCGAUUGACUCAUGAACACGCAUAUCGAGUAAUCAAGUGCUCAAAGUGCUCAAAGUUCUCAAAGUGCUCGGUUUGAGAUCUACUAGUUUGCAUACCAAUACUGAACCAAUACACCGAGAACCGUUCAAGGCAUAAUGGGAGUUAUUCAUGUAGCUAAAGCAGAAGAGACACAAAGAAGACAAGAAAGACGGAGCUGUGCUGGGAUCAUUGUUCUCUUUUCAUUUGUUAAUGAGUCUGAGCAUUGGUUAUUGAUACAGCAGUCAUAUAAGGUGUCAUUUUUAAACCAUCCGAAAUUACCACACAAUGAAGGAGUUCAAAUUAUAAGUUGUUAAUCAAGUACUGCUGUUGAGUCUAGUGCUGGUGUGUGUGUGUGUGUGUGUGUGUGUGUGUGUGUGUGUGUGUGUGUGUGUGUGUGUGUGUGUGUGUGUGUGUGUGUGUGUGUGUGUGUGUGUGUGUGUGUCAGGCUCAGGGCAGCACAGAUCUGCACAGGUUGUGGUCUUGGUUGUUGAUUGUUGAAUGACAGACAGAGGUGGAGAUUACAUUACCUCUACAGCCCUUUACAGAGGAAGGCUGGGAAUAAACCAUUCAAGACUACUACACAGCAACUCAUGCCACUCUUGACACUCUCUCCACUUCCUCUUUCUCUCCAUUCUCACUUUAUUCUUUCUCAGGAAGGUUACAUUACCUUCUCUCUAUGUUGUCUCUUUGCCCCUUUCACAUUCUCUCUCUCCCUCUCUUUCCUCUCUGCCCCAUCUCAUUAAGUGUUUCCUUUGUUCGACCUACCCUCUCCUAUCAAGGCCACAUCUAAAACUUUUCAUUUUUCUCUUUUGGACAAGGUUAACAUCGUCAUCGCUGUUUGUCUGCAAUUAGAGAUAUUCAUUUUAUUUUCCAGCCUUCGCCUGAUCAGAAAGCGUUAGUAAGGCAGCUUGAAAAGGCCAGAAUAUGUCACUUUAAUAUGGAUAAGACGAGAGCUUGGAGAUUAAGGAACAAGAGGUUGCUGAGUUGGCUAAAGUAAUUGGUUAUUUAGGGUUUUUGUAUUGACAUAUGCACACACACACAACACACGCAUACACGAAUACAAGCAAACAUGUGCACACACAUGUGGACAGGAACACACACUGCAGGCUAACUUUCAGCACCUUCAAACCCAACAUAAUCAGAGACAGAGUGUGUUAUGACUUCUCCCUCUCUGCUCAUCCUCCUCUGCCUCUAGUUUCAGUAUCUGAAAGAUGAAACAACUUUUCCUCUGGAGGGAGUGGAGGGAGGCUGAUGAUCACUUAAUUGGUUCUAUUCUCUGUACCAGACACAGACUGAAAUGUUUGAUCUAACUUUGACUAAGAAUCCUGAAAAGUAAUUGGAAGGUAGCUUAGUGGUUAAGAGCGUUGUAGCAGUAACUGAAAGGUCGCUGGUUCUAAUCCCCGAGCCGACUAGGUGAAAAAUCUGUCGAUGUGACCUUGAGCAAGGCACUUAACCCUAAUUGCUCAUGUAAGUUGCUGCUGCUCUUCAGUUAUUUGCUUUUAUAUUUUUUACUUAACACUUUAAAAUAAAAUGAACUUUUAAAAAUGCAUUGUUGGUUAAGGGCUUGUAAGUAAGCAUUUCACUGUAAUGUCUACACCUGUUGUAUUCGGCGCAUGAGGCAAAUACAAUUUGAUUUGAUGAUUAUAUAAUGUUUGUAUAAAGCAUUCACCUGAUCUUGAUUUGUUCUUUAAAGGUUUCCAUAAUGUUUCAUUAAGUUGUGGGAACAGUCUGGUAAGAACAUUGUGGGGACAUCACAAAAGAUAUGUUGCCAAAACACAAACGCUGUCCAUUUGUGCAGAUGAUUCUACAAUGUUUAUUUUAGGGUGCAAAAAACAUUAACCUGAUGUUACAAGAACGUUCCCAAAACACAUUUAGUCUGUUCUUUAACCCGUUGACGCGUACGAGCACACGGGUGUGAUCAUUCUACAGUGUUCCCUGCAACGUACGCUCAAACCAGUGUGAUUAGAACACUUCAUUAACACAAUAGUCAGCGUUUGAGCUGGCCACACUGUUUUUUCACAGAAACAUUUUGCACAAACAGUCUUUACAACUUUAUGUCCUCAAUGUGAGCAGUUUAUUUUUGGAUGCAGAUGUUCAGACAUUCACAGAAGUAACAACAGCAUAACACAAUUCCCAUCCAAAUUGGGAAAUGUAGGCUACAUUAGUCCUAGCGCUAACUGAAGAAAGAGUGAGCUAACUCAAGCGGACAUAUUUAGCUCUCGGGUGACAGAAUCCAUAAUAUGAAUUAGCUAAUAGCAAAUGUUAUUUACAAUUCAUCACAUCACAGGUGAGCUCACCAGUGAUCGAAAUAAUUGAGUAAAACACUUUCUAAAAGUGGGUAGAGUUUGUGCGCGCUGCCAUGUUUGUUUUUCUGUGUCAACCAAAGAUAAGAAGAGGUGAAAAGAUGAGUUGGGUCUGUUUGCAGUAUGUUGAAGGGGGUGUGUCGUCUACCAUCAUACCCUUCCCAUCAUUCACUUUCAGAAGUUUAUUCGAAAGAUGUGAACCAUGCUUUCACCUUGUUUUGUUAUAACGUCUUUAUUCUGACAGACACCGAGAAUGCAUUGUAUGAUGUCAACAAACAUGGCUCCACACAUACAGUUGAAGUCGGAAGUUUACAAACACUUAGGUUGGAGUCAUUAAACUCGUUUUUCAACCACUCCACACAUUUCUUGUUAACAAACUAUAGUUUUGGCAAGUCGGUUAGGACAUCUACUUUGUGCAUGGCACAAGUAAUUUUUCCAACAAUUGUUUACAGACAGAUUAUUUCACUUAUAAGUCACUGUAUCAUAUUUCCAGUGGGUCAGAAGUUUACAUACACUAAGUUGACUGUGCCUUUAAAAAUGAUGUCAUGGCUUUAGAAGCUUCUGAUAGGCUAAUUGACAUCAUUUGAAUCAAUUGGAGGUUUACCUGUGGAUGUAUUUCAAGGCCUAUCUUCAAACUCAGCGCCUCUUUGCUUGACAUCAUGGGAAAAUCAAAAGAAAUCAGCCAAGACCUCAGAAAAAAUAAUUGUAGACCUCCACAAGUCUGGUAUAUCCUUGGGAGAAAUGUCCAAACGCCUGAAGGUACCACAUUCAUCUGUACAAACAAUAGUACGCAAGUAUAAACACCAUGGGACCACGCAGAUGUCAUACCGCUCAGGAAGGAGAAGCGUUCUGUCGCCUAGAGAUUAACGUACUUUGGUGCGAAAAGUCCUAUAUCGACAUAACCUGAAUGGCCGCUCAGCAAGGAAGAAGCCAAACUAAAACCACCAUAAAAAAGCCAGACUACGGUUUGCAACUGCACAUGGGGACAAAGAUCGUACUUUUUGGUGUGUCCUCUGGUCUGAUGAAACAAAAAUAGAACUGUUUGGCCAUAAUGACCAUCGUUAUGUUUGGAGGGAAAAUGGGGUGGCUUGCAAGCCGAAGAACACCAUCCCAACCGUGAAGCACGGGGUGGCAGCAUCAUGCUGUGGGGGUGCUUUGCUGCAGGAGGGAUUGGUGCAUUUCACAAAAUAGAUGGCAUCAUGAGGAAGAAAAAUGAUGUGGAUAUAUUGAAGCAACAUCUCAAGACAUCAGUCAGGAAGUUAAAGCUUGGUUGCAAAUGGGUCUUCCAAAUGGACAAUGAUCCCAAGCAUACUUCCAAAGUUGUGGCAAAAUGGCUUAAGGACAACAGUCAAGGUAUUGGAGUGGCCAUCACAAAGCCCUGACCUCAAUCCUAUAGAAAAUGUGUGGGCAGAACUGAAAAAGCGUGUGCGAGCAAGGAGGCCUACAAACCUGACUCAGUUACACCAGCUCUGUCAGGAGGAAUUGGCCAAAAUGCACCCAACUUAUUGUGGGAAUGUUUGACCCAAGUUAAACAAUUGGAACAAUUGAUAAAAUAAAUAAAAGCUUAAAUAAAUCAUUCUCUCUACUAUUAUUCUGACAUUUCACAUUCUUAAAAAAAGUUGUGAUCCUAACUGACCUAAGACAGGGAAUUUCUACUAGGAUUAAAUGUCAGGAAUUGUGAAAAACAGAGUUUAAAUGUAUUUGGCUAAGGUGUAUGUAAACUUCUGACUUCAACUGUAGCUGUUGUAAGAUGAAACAUAGCCAACAGUGAUAGGUGUCAAAAAGUUCAUUGUUCAAAGUUUCAAAUACAUUUUUGCAGAUUGUGCAAAACGCAUCCGUCAGAGGACUCCAAUUUUGAUACGGUAAAGCUUGACAACAUUCAGCUGUUUUCAGGGGACCUGUAUGAAAAUGUAUGCACUCACUAACUGUAAGUCGCUCUGGAUAAGAGUGUCUGCUAAAUGACUAAAAUGUAAAUCCCUACAACAGCUCUGUCAAGUGGUCGCAUCGGGACAACAGUUGUUGACAACUAUAGCAUUGUAGCUAAGCCUAACCCUUAAACUCAUUCUCCUAACCUGCUACAUUAAUUCACCUAACCUGCUGUAUUAGUUAUCCUAACAUGCCAUGUUAAUUAUCCUAACCUGCCAUGUUCAUUAUCCUAACCUGCUAUGCAAACAAACCAUCUGUGGCAACAAAUCAUCAGUAUCAACACACCGGCAGCCAAUCUCACCCCUGGCACUCAGUCAGAGCCAUUCAGUGUUGUUGUUUAUGUAUGUAGCAAGUGGGCUAAGCUGUAGCAUUAGCAAUAUCUUUCAACAGGAUACAACUCACAAAAGAGGAAAUUCUGGCAAUGAGUCUGAGUAUGAAAGUGAGGAAUCAGAUUCUGACAGUGACAGUGAGGAGCUGCCCCCCAACCUUGUGGGCAUUGAGAACCCUGAAUCUGAGGACCCCUUACCCACCGAAGAAGUCCCAAGUCCCUCUGAAGAUGCUGGUGGUGAUGGAUGCAGACCAACAGUGGGUGAAGUACAGGUCUGCGGAAGCUGGAUGGCUGUCAGCCAUUCCACCCCUCCUGGCCCUGCUGUUGGCUUUGAUGAGUCCCAGUCUGGUGUGCAAAGCCCCUUGCCAUCUCCAUCUGAGGCAGAUUGCUUGAAGCUGUUUCUGACAAAGGAGCUGGUGGGAGACAUAGUGGAGGAGACCAAUCUCUAUGCCUUGGAGCUACAGGAGAAGAGAGAGCAAGGAGUGAGGGGGAAGCUCACUAAAUGGAUGAAAACCACAAUUAGUGAAAUGUAUACCUUCCUGGUGACAGUCCUUCUCAUGGGAAUAGUAAAGAAGAAUCCCAUAAGUGGGAGGCAGGUAGCCUAAUGGUUAAGAGCUUUGGGCCAGUAACUGAAAAGUUGCUGGUUCGAAUCCCUAAUCCAAGUAGGUGAAAAAAAUCUGUUAAUGUGCCCUUGUGCAAGGCACUUAACCCUAAUUGCACCUGUAAGUCACUCUGGAUAAGAGGGUAUGCUAAAAUGUAAAAAAAGAGUUGAAUACUGGAGCACAGAUCCUAUGUUUGCAAUUCCCUUCUUUGCUACUCUCUUUUCCCAAGACCGCUUCCUAGUUCUGCUGCGAUGCCUGCAUUUCGUCAAGAAUGCUCCUGCUAACCUAAAUGACCCCUUACACAAAAUAAGAAAUGUUCUUACCAGCCUGACAUCAGCAUUUGGUCUGGUCUUUGUGCCUUACAAGGACCUAUGCAUUGAAGAGUCCCUGAUUUUAUGGAAGGGCAGGCUGGUGUUCCAUCAAUACAUUCUCUCCAAAAGGCACAGGUUUGGGGUCAAGUUCUUUGUUAUGUGCGACGUGAAGACAAGAUUUGUUCAGUAUAUUAUAGUCUACACAGGGUCCACCACUGACAUCCAACAUUAUGAGGGCCUUGGGGUGUCCGGGUCCCUGGUGAUGACCAUGCUGGCUCCUCUUUUCAGGAACGGCCACACUUCAAUAAAAUAGGCAACCAUUACAUAUAGGCCUAUGUUUUUUCUUGCAGUUUUUUUCUCUCUCCAGUAACACUGUAAAUGAGUGUACAUUCAAACUGUAUGUUGCUAGCAUACAAAAGCUGGCCUCAAUCUUCGGCAAUAAAUAUGUCCAGUUCCAGUUAUGAUGUUGGCAAAUAGUGUUCAAUACUGUUUGUGUGUGUGGUUUCUGAAAGUACAGAAUAAAGAUGAAUUACUAAUAAUUAUAAUAAAAUAUCAGGAUAUAGCAAUAAAACAAUAUUACAAUGAAGUAACAUAAUAACACUGGUAUAAAAAUAAUAAGUUACAUUGACAACAUGCCAAUUAUGAAUGAUAUACAUAAGAAACAGUAAUAAACAGUAAAUGAAUAGCUGCAUAAGGGCUCCACAGAGGGGCAGGGCAUAGCAAAGUUAUGCUAAACAUGCUAAAUGAAUACACAGGCCAUGGUCAUGAUGAGGCCAGGGCAGCUUCAAAGGAUAAAACACAAGCUAAUACUUAUCUGACGCCAUUAGUAUUGUCUUACAGAGCUAAUAGAAGAAUGUAGCUACAUAAGCACAAUUGAGUAUAACACCAUAAAGGUUAUGAAAUUAGUACCUCUCAUGUCUGCGGUUAUAAAGGAAUACACACAGAAAGAAUAAGAAUAAGAUGUUUUACACAGAAUAGAUUAUGCUCCAUAUAUACAGUUGAAGUCGGAAGUUUACAUACACCUUAGCCAAAUACAUUUAAACUCAGUAUUUCACAAUUCCUGACAUUUAAUCAUAGUAAAAAUUACCUGUUUUAGGUCAGUUAGGAUCACCACUUUAUUUUAAGAAUGUGAAAUGUCAGGUUUGUAGGCCUCCCUACUCACACACGCUUUUUCAGUUCUGUCCACAAAUGUUCUAUAGGUUUGAGGUCAGGGCUUUGUGAUGGCCACUCCAAUACCUUGACUUUGUUGUCCUUAAGCCAUUUUGCCACAACUUUGGAAGUAUGCUUGGGGUCAUUGUACAUUUGGAAGACCCAUUUGCGACCAAGCUUUAACUUCCUGACUGAUGUCUUGAGAUGUUGCUUCAAUAUAUCCACAUAAUUUUCCUUCCUCAUGAUGCCAUCUAUUUUGUGAAGUGCACCAGUCCCUCCUGCAGCAAAGCACCCCCACAGCAUGAUGCUGCCACCCCCUGUGCUUCACGGUUGGGAUGGUGUUCUUCGGCUUGCAAGCAACCCCCUUUUUCCUCCAAACAUAACGAUGGUCAUUAUGGCCAAACAGUUCUAUUUUUGUUUCAUCAGACCAGAGGACAUUUCUCCAAAAAGUACGAUCUUUGUCCCCAUGUGCAGUUGCAAACCGCAGUCUGGCUUUUUUAUGGCAUUUUUGGAGCAGUGGCUUCUUCUUUGCUGAGCGGCCUUUCAGGUUAUGUCGAUAUAGGACUCGUUUUACUGUGGAUAUAAAUACUUUUGUACCUGUUUCCUCCAGCAUCUUCACAAUGUCCUUUGCUGUUGUUCUGGGACUGAUUUGCACUUUUCGCACCAAAGCACGUUCAUCUCUAGGAGACAGAAUGCGUCUCCUUCCUGAGCGGUUUGACUGCUGCGUGGUCCCAUGGUGUUUAUACUUGCGUAUUAUUGUUUGUACAGAUGAACAUGCUACCUUCAGGCGUUUGGAUAUUGCUCCCAAGGAUGAACCAGACUUGUGGAGGUCUACAAUUAUUUUUCUGAGGUCUUGGCUGAUUUCUUUUGAUUUUCCGAUGACAUCAAGCAAAGAGGCACUGAGUUUGAAGGUAGGCCUUGAAAUACAUCCACAGGUACACCUCCAGUUGACUCAAAUGAUGUCAAUUAGCCUAUCAGAAGCUUCUAAAGCCAUGACAUCAUUUUUUGGAAUUUUCCAAGCUGUUUAAAGGCACAGUCAACUUAGUGUAUGUAAACUUCUGACCCACUGGAAUUGUGAUACAGUGAAUUAGAAGUGAAAUAAUCUGUCUGUAAACAAUUGUUGGGAAAAUAACUUGUGUCAUGCACAAAGUAGAUGUCCUAACCGACUUGCCAAAACUAUAGUUUGUUAACAUGAAAAUUGUGGAGUGGUUGAAAAACGAGUUUUAAUGACUCCAACCUAAGUGUAUGUAAACUUCCAACUUCAACUGUAGCUACAUACAGUGUGCCACAGUUGAAAUGACAUAGCACGAUAUACAGAAACUAUUAUGAUAACGUAAUAAGGCACUUACUUUGAUAGGAACGCACACAUGUCCCAAAGUCAUUAUUAGUAAGGAAAACAACAAUGAAGAAAAUGUGGGCGCUAGCCGGAAAAUGCACCAGGCAGAAAAGGUUUGGGCAGGUUCUGUUCUGACUGGAGAUGUGCAACUGUCUGUAUACUUGACCUGGGGAAGCACUGGGGUAGUGCUUGGGCUCUCAUCGAAGAGAGAAGUUUGUCCGGCUCAUCUAGCUAAUCCUUGCCUUACAUUAGCAUAGCAUGCUUCAGACGUAAAUUGUCCGCCACAGUACUUCUAUGUGAAUUAAUGAGAAGGUGGAACGCACCUCAUUUCAAACUGUUGAUUGAAACUAAAACUGUUUGACAAUUAUUUGAAAUAGCCUAUAGAUAAUUAGCAUGCCUUGGUUUUAGGGCUCUGUGGGUUAACUGUCCUGUUGCGUAACAAUAAAAUGUUGGAACAGUGAUCGCAUUAUAACAUCACGCGCAUACAAAAACUCAUGCUGAAUGUUUCAUUAGGUUGUGGGAACAGUCUGGUGGGAACAUUGGAUUGAUGUGUAUGACAGCGUGUUCCAGUUCCAAUGUCCAGCAACUUCGCACAACAAUUGAAGAGGAGUAGGACAACAUUCCAUAGGCCACAAUUAAUAGACUGAUCAACUCUAUGCGAAGGAGAUGUUUUGCUCUGCAUGAGGCAAAUGGUGGUCACACCAGAUACUUAGUGGUUUUCUGAUCCAUGCUCCUUUUUCUUUUUAAAGGUAUCUGUGACCAACAGAUGCAUAUCUGUAUUCACAGUCAUGUGAAAUCCAUAGAUUAGGGCCUAAUGAAUUUACUGAUUUCCUUAUAUGAACUGUUAAAAUCUGUCAUCAAGGCAAAGGGUGGCUAUUUUAAGAAUCUCAAAUAUAAAAUAUAUUUGGAUUUGCUUAACAAUCUUUUGGUUACUACAUGAUUCCAUAUGUGUUAUUUCAUAGUUUUGAUGUCUUUGCUAUUAUUCUACAAUGUAGAAAAUAGUAAAAAUUAAGAAAAACCCUUGAAUGAGUAGGUGUGUGCAAACUUUUGACUGGUACUGUAUAUAUAUGUGUUUCUUUACACUUGUGGGGGUGGUAGAGCGAAAUGGAGAACAACAUCGUGUUCAUUAGAGUCUCAUCUUUCCAUAGAGUUUUGACGCUACAGCCGUUUUCGUGAGAAGACCGAUUUUCGGGAUGUCUCAUGGUCUGACAAACACCGCUGUAGCUCGACCACCUUCCACCACAGAUGUGGAAGAUACAGUAUCUCUAGCUUUAACUGACAGAUUUUGUUGGGGAUUUUGAUUAUGUUACUUAUAAUGACGCACCGGUGCGUCAAUAGACUCUAGAGCAGAUUGGAAUACAUACCCAUCAUGUUUCUCUCCAGAUUUAAUGGCAAUUCGCAUUUGAGGACUGUAUUGACACGCAGUAUUUUUAUUUCAUUCAUAGGACAUUUGAACAGCAUUUAAUCAUAUACUGAACAAAAAUAUAAAAGCAACAUGCAACAAUUUACAGUUCAUAGAAAGAAUUCAGUCAAUUUCAAUAAAUAAAUGUGGCCCUAAUCUAUGGAUUUCUGCAAUGUUCAGUUUCUAAACCAGGUCUUUUUAUCCUCUCUGCCACCAGGGAAGUCAUCUUACAUCUUAUUUUUCAGUGUAUAGCCAUGGCAGUAUUGUCAAUCAGGAAUUCCAUGCUUCCUUUUUAGCCUUCUUAAACAUACAGUGGGGAGAACAAGUAUUUGAUACACUGCUGAUUUUGCAGGUUUUCCUACUUACAAAGCAUGUUGAGGUCUGUAAUUUUUAUCAUAGGUACACUUCAACUGUGAGAGACGGAAUCUAAAACAAAAAUCCAGAAAAUCACAUUGUAUGAUUUUUAAGUAAUUAAUUUGCAUUUUAUUGCAUGACAUAAGUAUUUGAUGCAUCAGAAAAGCAGAACUUAAUAUUUGGUACAGAAACCUUUGUUUGCAAUUUCAGAGAUCAUACGUUUCCUGUAGGUCUUGACCAGGUUUGCACACACUGCAGCAGGGAUUUUGGCCCACUCCUCCAUACAGACCUUCUCCAGAUCCUUCAGGUUUCGGGGCUGUCGCUGGGCAAUACGGACUUUCAGCUCCCUCCAAAGAUUUUAUAUUGGGUUCAGGUCUGGAGACUGGCUAGGCCACUCCAAGACCUUGAGAUGCUUCUUACGGAGCUACUCCUUAUUUGCCCUGGCUGUGUGUUUUGGGUCGUUGUCAUGCUGGAAGACCCAGCCACGACCCAUCUUCAAUGCUCUUACUGAGGGAAGGAGGUUGUUGGCCAAGAUCUCACCAUACAUGGCCCCUUCCAUCCUCCCCUCAAUACGGUGCAGUCGUCCUGUCCCCUUUGCAGAAAAGCAUCCCCAAAGAAUGAUGUUUCCACCUCCAUGCUUCACGGUUGGGAUGGUGUUCUUGGGGUUGUACUCAUCCUUCUUCUUCCUCCAAACACGGCGAGUGGAGUUUAGACCAAAAAGCUCUAUUUUUGUCUCAUCAGACCACAUGACCUUCUCCCAUUCCUCCUCUGGAUCAUCCAGAUGGUCAUUGGCAAACUUCAGACGGGCCUGGACAUGCGCUGGCUUGAGCAGGGGGACCUUGCGUGCGCUGCAGGAUUUUAAUCCAUGAUGGCGUAGUGUGUUACUAAUGGUUUUCUUUGAGACUGUGGUCCCAGCUCUCUUCAGGUCAUUGACCAGGUCCUGCCGUGUAGUUCUGGGCUGAUCCCUCACUUUCCUCAUGAUCAUUGAUGCCCCACGAGGUGAGAUCUUGCAUGGAGCCCCAGACCGAGGGUGAUUGACCGUCAUCUUGAACUUCUUCAAUUUUCUAAUAAUUGCGCCAACAGUUGUUGCCUUCUCACCAAGCUGCUUGCCUAUUGUCCUGUAGCCCAUCCCAGCCUUGUGCAGGUUUACAAUUUUAUCCCUGAUGUCCUUACACAGCUCUCUGGUCUUGGCCAUUGUGGAGAGGUUGGAGUCUGUUUGAUUGAGUGUGUCUUUUAUACAGGUAACGAGUUCAAACAGGUGCAGUUAAUACAGGUAAUGAGUGGGGAACAGGAGGGCUUCUUAAAGAAAAACUAACAGGUCUGUGAGCGCUGGAAUUCUUACUGGUUGGUAGGUGAUCAAAUACUUAUGUCAUGCAAUAAAAUGCAAAUGAAUUACUUAAAAAUCAUACAAUGUGAUUUUCUGGAUUUUUGUUUUAGAUUCCGUCUCUCACAGUUGAAGUGUACCUAUGAUAAAAAUUACAGACCUCUACAUGCUUUGUAAGUAGGAAAACCUGAAAAAUCAGCAGUGUAUCAAAUACUUGUUCUCCCCACUGUAACUAUCUGAGGGAAAUACUGGUAACUGGGUUAUUGAACAGUACAUUUUUACACAAUGUUUUAUUUUUGCUCAAGGACGCCCGCCUCACAAGACUUAUCUGAAGGUAGAUAAAAAAAAUUAUGCAAGUAUACAGUGUAUGGAAGUAGUUUAUUGCCUCUGUUUUCCAUGUAUGAAUCUGUUAUUUAUGCGUUUCUAUGGGCUAAAAGCAGUAAGGCCAAAUUCAAUGUUUCAUCAAAUAAUACUUUAUUUUAUUUUAUUUAUACCUAAAGGGGUCCUAAAAUUCAGAAUCAAAUAGGCAAAUGAUCUUAAAACAAUUCCGUAGCUUAGUACACUUUUUUUUUAAUGGUUUUGAAUGUUUUUACGAUGUUAUCGUCUUAAUGUUAGAUAAAACCCUAACUAGAACUUAAUUGGAAUCUUAGCUAAUGUUCUGGAAAUGUUCCUGGUUUGCUGGGUGGCCACAACCCAUUCCUUGGCACAGAAGGGACUGUUGUUGACAACUCAACAAUGGGCCAUGGCUCAACAUUAGUUAAUUGUGGUUUAGAGAACCAUGGCUUGGUGGGCUUUUGCAUGAGACAAAACAUUUCAGAAAUGUGUGUCUCUGGAUCUAGUGCCUUAGGCCAGUUUGAAAAGAGGAAAUAUAAACUUUUAGAGGAGAGUGACUCACAUGGAGGCCUCAAGCUUAGAGGAUAUUGCUGUGUGUAUCUUUGAUCUAUUAGUCUGGUUUUUCUGACACAUCAGCAUUCCUCUUCCUGGGGGAAGAAGCCUAGAUUCAGUUUUCUUUUUCUUUUGGCAAAUUUUUUAUUUUUUUUUUGUCUCAGACUUGUACAGUACUCCUACAAAAAAAACAUCUGCAUUGUAAUUGUGUCUAUGCUAUUCAUACUUGUCUUCCAUUAUGCUUUGCUCUCCCCAGAACUAUGCUCUGCUCUCCCCAGCUUUGAGCCUCUGCGUUCAGCUGGUGUUUAUGGAGGGUGGCUGUGCCCUCCUGGUGCCGUCAUCCAUCAUGCUACAGAAUCACCACCUCCAUUCAGUUGAUACAAUGAGCCUGAUUGCAGCUGCAGCCGCAGCCGGGUCCACUGGGCUGAUGGAGAACCGGUCCUGACCGGAGAGAAAGAGAGAGAGGGGGAGAAAGAGGGAGGGAGAGAGGGAGAGAGAGAGAGAUAGUUCACCCCUACAGCACUCAACUUCACUUUGUGCUUUUUGGCUGAUUGUCAAGAUAAUGUGCCUAUACUGUAUUUUUUCUCUUUGUCCUCUUUUCUUAUUUAUUGAGGGAUGGAGAGGAGGGAGGUAGGAGGAGGGGGGGGGGCGUGGCUUGAGGCUGGCGGGAGGAGAGAGCUAGGGGUAGAUCUUGACGGAAAUCGCGGGCACAUGAAAAGUUUAGCGAGAGGGGGGAGGGAGGAGGGGGAGGAGGGAGGGUUGUUUGUUGGCUGGGUUGCGGUAGCGUGAGGGCAUUCGGGACGGUGGGAGGGAGGGAGAGAUUGCGUUGGGAGAGCGUGCGGGAUGGAGGGCUCCUCAGCUCGCUCUCGCUUAGUCGCUAUCAUCUCUCUCUCUUCUCUAUAUUUCUCGCAUCUUCUCUCUCUCCUCUUUCUCUUCUCUUCUCUCUCUCUCAUUCUCUCUCGAUAUUGUGCUCUCUAUUACUCACACGCCCAAGCACACUCACACACAGUUAUUUACUGAAAAAUGUAUCACAUUGAUUUCUGGUGCCUUGCAGAUUUCACCAGCAUAUCACUUCAGAUGUUCUUUUUAAUGCACUGUUAAGGACAUCAGUGCAACCAACCAAGAGCCCUCGUUUUUAGUGGACUAAUCUUGGUUAACUCAGAACUAAAGUCUUGCGUAAUUGUUCUGGUUUCAUCCGUGUUAAGAGAAGGGAUCAAGAGAUGCUAGAACAAAGAGUGAAACCGGAACGAGGAGCUCCACCCUCUGUCUUUGCAAGUUACGGGCCGAAUUUCCCCUCCCCUUCAGAAAUUCGAUUGAUGCUAACAUCUGCGAAAUCGUAGUUUGUCCAAAUAACCAGUGACGAAAAACCCAAACACCGGAACUACCACUGCUUGUUAUCCCACACAUCCCAUUCCUUCCUGACACAUACCAUUCCUUCCCUAUAGGCUAUGUACAUCAUGGUGUUCUGUCCAUUUAGGAACCACCUAAAGUAGUAUAAAUGUUAUUUAGAGUCCUUGCUAGAGUCUCUCGCUCACAGGGUUGCAUCCCUCACCGCCACGAUGACCGGGGUAACCGUGGUUUGAUGCUAAUUGUGUAGAGGAGAGUGACUCCAGCUGAGAGAGAGGAAGAGCUGGCCUUCUUCAUCCAUUCUUGGUCUCCUUAUCACAGUGAUAGGACAGCGACUACCAAGGAGCGAGGUGGAAGAGAGGGCUGGAAGUCAAACAGACUUUCAAAUUGAUUUUUAGUUGAUUUUUGUUUGUUACUUUCUGUUAAUUAAAGCUGCACGUGCACAUGCACGCACACACGGCCACGGCCAUGGCCGCACACACACACGCACUUAACUGACACACUACGAUAGCUUUGGGCACAAUCUCUAAACACAAGCUGUCUAGCAACCCUCCCUCCCAGCACUGAGCACUCUGCCACAGCUCUACAGUUAGGCCUAAUGGACAGUAAUUACCAUACUGACAAUAUGUCUCAUUAUUAUGUGGGUUGAUGAAAAACAGUAAUGUAGGCCAGAACUUUGUCAUUAAAUAAGCAGAGACAGAGAAAAACUGAUAUCAUUAGCAGGAGUUUACACAUGGAGCUCUGCUCUAACAGCCAGGGAAGGACACAGCACAGCAGGACAAAUGGCUAGCUCAUGUGUUCACACUCUUCUCUUCUCUUCUCUUCUCUUCUCUUCUCUUCUCUUCUCUUCUCUUCUCUUCUCUUCUCUUCUCUUCUCUUCUCUUCUCUUCUCUUCUCUUCUCUUCUCUUCUUAUCUCCUCUCCCUUUCCUCUCCUCUCCCUUUCCUCUCCUCUCCCUCUCCUACCUCUCAUUAGGGUUAUAUUCAGCCUCCUGCCAUCAAAACCAAUUACAGGAACAGUCUGCCAGUGCGUUUUCCCAUGAGCUUCUGCUUUCAGGUGUACCUGAGACUCCCAAUCAGAUCGUAGGAAGACCAGGGGCGUUUAGUCCUGAGGAACAAGGGAGAUAAAGCAUGGAUGAGUGGAGCUGCUUAGUGGAGAGAGACAGAUUAGAAGGAGAUAUAAAGAGUUAAUAGAGAGAAAGAGGGAGAGAGAGUGCAAGAGGGAGAGAGAGUAAAUAGAUAUAGAGAGAAAGAAAGAGAGAGAGAGGAGAUGGAGUGGACCAUCCUAAUGCACAGAUAAUGAAAUGAUGGAGAGAGAGGGGUGUGAACAGUGGGACUCAUAGAAAGAGUAAUGACAGUGUGUUUGGCUGGUUCCUUCAUGAAAUCUAUCAUGGUUCCCCAGAGACACUAACCUCUAUUUAACCAGAAGAGCUAACAGGGAGGCCAGGGACCACUAACCUAUAAUUAAAAUAAGACAGAUUGUGGGAGAGAACAAAGGAAGAUGGAAGUAGUGCACUACUCAAACGGAGAACAGGGGUGACAACUAGUGUUCUUUGUUUCUGGGUUCUGUGGAUGUUGCAUUGAAGCUCAGUACUGUUUGUCGGCUCAUUAAAACUCUCUAGCCUUUUUUUCUGUUUCUUUGUGUUAUUGAUUCCCCUGAGAUUCCAGGUGAUGAACACCAUCUAACAAUACAGUAUGUUUCAUUAGCAUUGGCAUGAAUAGGUUGUACUCCCCGCUCUUCUAUCAUUCCUGUCUUCCAACUUCUUGUGCUACUUCGACUGAUCAUUGUUCCUCUUCUCUUUCAACUUAUUGUCUUGCUUGGUUCCUUAGUUUCUCUUCCACCAGGUCACUUUCCCAUUCUCAGCUCCUAACCUUUUUAUUUGUAUCCCUUUCUCUCUCUCUUUCUCGCUCUCUCCGCCCCCCUCUCUCUCUCUACCCCUCUGUCUCUCCAUCUCUCCUUUCCUCUCUCCAGGCAUGGCUGACAGAGAUCCAUGAGUACGCUCAGCAGGAUGUGGUGCUAAUGCUGCUGGGGAAUAAGGUCAGCCCUCCCACUGGAAGGACAGAUUAAUGGAUGGAUAAUAAGUGCAUUACUAUGAAUUGAGAGAGAGAAGAAAGAGGUAGAUAGGGAAGGAUGGAUGGAUGGAUGAUGAGUGUAUUACUAUGAAUUGAGAAAGGGAGAAAGAAAGAGGUGCAUUCAGAAAGUAUUCAGACCCCUUGACUUUAUCCACAUUUUGUUACGUUGCAGCCUUAAUUAUAAAAUUGAUUAAAUCGUUUUUCCCCCUCAUAAUGACAAAGCAACAUUUAUAAAAAAUAAAUAGACCCUUUACUCAGGACUUUGUUGAAGCACCUUUGGCAGCGAUACAGCCUCGAGUCUUCUUGGGUAUGACGCUACAAGCUUGAUACACCUGUAUUUGGGGAGUUUCUCCCAUUCUUCUCUGCAGAUCCUCUCAAGCUAUGUCAGGUUGGAUGGGGAGCGUCUCUGCACAGCUAUUUUCAGGUCAUUCCAGAGAUGUUCGAUCAGGUUCAAGUCCAGGCUCUGGCUGGGCCACUCAAGGACAUUCAGAGACUUGUCCCAAAGCCACUCCUGCGUUGUCUUGGCUGUGUGCUUAGGGUCGUUGUCCUGUUGGAAGCUGAACUUUUGCCCUAGUCUAAGGUCCUGAGCUCUCUGGAGCAUGUUUUCAUCAAGGAUAUCUCUGUACAUUGCUCCAUUCAUUUUCUCUCGAUCCUGACUAGUCUCCCAGUCCCAGCCGCUGAAAAACAUCCCCACAGCAUGAAACUGCCACCACCAUGCUUCACCGUAGAGAUGAUGCUAGGUUUCCUCCAGACGUGACACUUGGCAUUCAGGCCAAAGAGUUCAAUCUUGGUUUCAUCAGACAAGAUAAUCUUGUUUCUCAUGGUCUGAGAGUCUUUAGGUGCCUUUUGGCAAACUCCAGGUGGGCUGUCAUGUGCCUUUUACUGAGGAGUGGCUUCUGUCUGGCCACUCUACCAUAAAGGCCUGAUUGGUGGAGUGAUGCAGAGAUGGUUGUCCUUCUGGAAGGUUCUCCCAGAGAAACUCUGGAGCUCUGUCAGAGUGACCAUCGGGUUCUUGGUCACCUCCCUGACCAAGACCCUUCUCCCCCGAUUGCUCAGUUUGGCCAGCUCUAGGAAGAGUCUUGGUGGUUCCAAACUUCUUUCAUUUAAGAUGAUGGAGGCCACUGUAUUCUUGGGGACCUUCAAUGCUGCAGAAAUGUUUUCGUACCUUUCCCCAGAUCUGUGCCUCGACACAAUCCUGUCUCGGAACUCUACAGACAAUUCCAUCGACCUCAUGGCUUGGUUUUUGCACUGACAUGCACUGUCAACUGUGGGACUUUAUAUAGACAGGUGUGUGCCUUUCCAAAUCAUGUCCAAUCAAUUGAAUUUACCACAGGUGGACUCCAAUCAAGUUGUAGAAACAUCUCAAGGAUGAUCAAUGGAAACAGGAUGCACCUGAGCUCAAUUUCGAGUCUCAUAGCAAAGGUUCUGAAUACUUAUGUAAAUAAGGUAUUUCUGUUUUUUAUUUUGUAUGACAUUUCUAAAAACCUGUUUUCGCUUUGUCAUUAUGGGGUAUUGUGUGUUUAUAAAAAUAAAUAAAAAUUUAGAAUAAGGCUGUAACGUAACAAAAGUCAAAGGGCUCUGAAUACUUUCCGAAUGCACUGUAUUUGUGUCACUGCAUGCAGAAAAUAAAACAGAGGACUGUGUUAGUGUAAGUAGAUGAUGAAAGAGAGAAUAGAUGAAAGAAGAUCAUGUUUUCUGGAGCUUUUUGUGAUCUCUUACAGGCUGAUGUGACACACGAGAGAGUGGUGAAGAGAGAGGAGGGAGAGAAACUGGCCAAGGUGAGCUGUAAUGAACAAAGAAAAUACACAGAAACUCCCAAUCACACACCCAGUAUUGACCCUUUUGAUGUCCAGGUUUCCAUCUAUUUUAGUCCGCACAGACACAUGAAUCCCCACUAAAACAGUCUGGGUGUGUCUUGAUCUCUCUCAUUAGGUAUUCAUAGGAGCACCUUCUGUUUUUAUUGUUUGGAGUCUCUGAAGUGUGUUCGCUAACUCAAUUAGCAACAUCAGUACGCUCUGAUGAGUUCCCAGACUUAAAACAGUAAAUUACUGUACAUGGUUUUAAGGGAGAUGGACGUCCGAUGCCCUUGUUAUUGUCAGGCUGUGUAAUAAUAACGAUAUAAAAAAUUCCAGAGAAACCUCCUAUAUCUCUCUCACACACACACACACACACACACCAGGUACCUUAUGCACUAAAACUUAGAGGACUCUCGCUCUCCCCUGUGCAGGUGUUUGGGGUGCCCUUCAUGGAGACCAGUGCUAAGUCUGGCCUGAAUGUGGAGCUGGCAUUCACUGCUGUGGCCAAGUGAGUAGGAUGUUUACCAGUGCUGCGUUCUUUAGAGAUGACAUGUCAAUCAAUGCUUUUUGUUUUGUCAUGCAUGUGAUUAUGAAAUAAAAACACAGAAUCAAGAUAGCCUCUGCAGUAAAAAUGCUAUGUGAGAUUGAAUCUCCCUAUGUCUCCGCCCUCUGUCUUUCUCUCAGAGAGCUGAAGCACAGGUCGAUGAAGGAGCCUGACGAACCAAAGUUUCAACUUCAGGAUUAUGUCAACAAGGAGAUGAAUAGUGCUGGCUGCUGCCACUCAUAAACCUGUCUUCUAAGUGUGUGUGUAUGUAUGUGUCACAGGAGGUUGGUGACACCUUAAUUGGGGAGGACGGGCUCAUGGUAAUGGCUGGAGCGGAAUAGGUGGAAUGGUAUCAAAUACAUCAAACACAUGGUUUCCAUGUUGUUUGAUGCCAUUCCAUUUGCUCUGUUCCAAACGUUAUUAUGAGCCGUUCUCCCCUCAGCAGCCUCCACUGGUGUGUGUGUGUGGGUGUGUCUGGUGUGUGUGUGUGGGUGUGUGUAUGUCU